UUCAUUAGAUACGCGUUUCCACGUGUUUUGUCCUUCUAUCUCUUCUAGUUUUACACUUCCGCCGUUCCAUGUGUAUAUUUUCGUUUACUGGGAUAUAACAAUGGCUACUAAACGUCAAAAUGGGGAUCCUCCUGAGUCCGUUACAACACCAAAGAAAACCAAAACACAGGAAAGCGAGUUUAACGGCGCUGUCUUUAAGUCCAUGCUGAAGGAUUCCUCUAAAGCGAUAAAGGGUUUGGACACCUUCAUAAAAAUGGCGAAGAAACUCCCCAGCACUGAACUCUAUGAUGUAGUCGAGGGAUACAUCAAAAUCUCAGUUGAAUGUUCAGAGAUUUUCGGAUUACUGGAGGAAGAAAAUAAUUCAGAGUCAGAACUGACGCUGAUAUUCCAGAGUCUGGAGAUGAUUCUGCUGCGCACGGCCAGUGAUCUGUCUCAGCUGAGCAUGGUGGGCUCCAACAUCGUCAGGAAGACCGUCUCCACUCACAUCAAACUCCUGCUCUCCUCUCUACAUUCUGACAAUCACAGGUUUGUCCGUCAGUGUCUGUGUUUGCUGUCCGCUCUGGUGUCUCAGGGUGCGGAGGCGGCGAGGGAGAUCUUCGGCCUAAUGCAGUUCAGCAAAGGUCUCACUAACCUCGCUCAGAGAAGAGACAAAACGGGAAAGCCAGAUGUUAGAAUGGCUUACAUUCAGUUUGUCCUUUCAUUCCUGAUGUCUGGAGACAAUACAACUAUUGGCCAGAUACUGGAGACUAAAGAUUUCUUGUCUGAAAUCUUGACCAAUGGACUUACAGAUGAUAGAAUAUCCAUUGUAAACCUGAUUCUGUCCACCCUGCAAACCAGAGUUGUGCAGAAUAAGACCAUCACGAAAACUCAGAAAGUGCGUUUCUUCAGUGCUUCUGUACUGAGACAGAUAGCCUCCCUCUAUAAGUGGAACGGGAUUGUGGAUGUCAGCAUGGAUGAGAAAGAGCAGAAGGAUGAAGAGGCAGGGAAGCGUAUAGUGAGGGAGCUGGUGCAUAACUUCCUGCUGGACAUAUGCUGCUCUCGCAAACAUGGGAUCAGCUUUCAUGACCCGAGCCUGGGCACCGCUGGAAGAGCCGGAAACAUCGUUCUCCUGCAGUUCCUGGUGGGGCUGAAGCAGGCGACGGAGGACGAGAUGGUGGCGGAGCUGGUUGUUAGUGUUCUGAAGGGCAGUCCUGAUAUACUGACCAGAUACUUCAAAGAAACCCAGUUCUCGUUCUCUCCACGAAUCGCCAAAGCCUGGCAGGACAACAUCACUCUGCUCAAGAAAAUCUAUGAGGCUCAGCCGGAGGUGUCCAAGGCUUUCCAGACCAGUGAAAUGGUUCCUUUACCUCGACUGCUGGCAAUGGUGUUGGUCACGUCUUUCCCUUCAGUGUGCAAUAAAGUCUUCUUCACUCAGGGUCUCAAUAUACAUAACUUGGUGGUCCAGCACACAACACUUUCCCUCCUGGUGUUUAUUCUCAAGCGAGCGCAGAAGAACAUUGAGCUCUGCCUGGACAAACCCGCCUGGGAGAGUUCAGACGCUCACAGCCCGGCCGUGAUGGAGGAGUUCGUGCAGCUUUACAGAGAGGCGCUCAGCAAGAUUCUACCGGACAUGAUGUGUGUCGUCUCCAACUGGCAGUCGCUCUCAAAAGAGAAGGGAGAUGUAGCAAAGACGAAGAACGCGGAACAAAAACAGACCAAAGAACAUCCGCGGCAGGACGAUGCACAGCUCAUUCUGGUGAAAGCUCUUCUGCUCCAGGUGAUGUGUUUGUAUCAGCGGGUCGUGCCUCACCUCGUCAGCCAGAGCAAAUUCGAUUUCAGCAAACUCCUGAAAGGCAUUGUGACGGAGAGGGGAAUGAAACAGGAAGUUCCUCCAGUUCUACAGUAUCAAAUUAUUCAACUGGCUCUUGAACUUCCUGCAAGCAAAUUCUCCUGGUUCCGCGUUCAGGAACUAGCAGAUCCAGAUCAAGAGAAAGGAGAGAAAUCAGUCUUCUAUCUGUUACUUAAGAUGUUUGUAAGUUGUAACAGUAGCUACUUGAAGACCUCAACCAGGAUGCUGGUCCUAAAGGUGUUGAGGGACAGUGGUGUGUUUGAGCACACGUGGAAGGAGCUGGAGUUAUGGCUGGACCGUCUGGCACGUUUGGACCCAUCCCAGCAGGAGGCCGUUGUUCAGUUCUUAGACCAUGUUUUGAUGCGCGUGGUGUGUGACCCACACGUGUACACUGAGAAAGCAGCGAGUGCGGUCCAGGAGGCAGCGUUCCUGCAGGCCAAUCUGAGCGGCCAGGAGGGGGACGAAGCCAGCAUCCCCAUAUCACACAUCGACGAUGUGCUCGACAUGGUGGAUGUUAUAGUGGAGGGCAGCGAAGGGGACGUUGAAGAGAUCGGACCUUCCUUCACCGAAGACAUCAUCCUCCAGACGUUCCCGUUUAGCGCCAUCAUACCAGCUGUGCUAGAGGCUCGCAACAAACUGCCAGAGAGUUUUAAAGAUGGGAAAGGCGUGGUGUACGAGUACAUGGCAUCAGUCCUGUGUGAUGUCCUGCACUGUCAGAGGGACCCGCUGGCUCUGUGUCUGACCCUCCAGCACUACGAUGAAGAGCUCAACUCAUCAGAGUCUUCAUCACCUCCUCACGCCUCUGUCCUCACCUUCUACCACUACUACUCACAAUGGCUCCCCAAAAACACACGCAAGACACUGUUCAUGACUGAAGACUUCGGUGAGGAUCGAUCUUGCGUUGGUUUCACCGCUCUGCUGAAGGCCGUCUAUAGUGAAGGAGCAGAUGCUUUCCUACGGGACUCUUUUGAGGAGGCAGCACAGGACGCUCUGUCCUCUCUGGAUGUGUCCCAAUUCCCAGUGGCUGUCAAUCAAGUGCUUCUCUACCUCAGACACUUCGUCGGCACUUUCAAUUCGCUCCCCAAGGAGACGGCAGCCGAGGUGUUGGGUCGUCUGAUGGCAGUGCUGAACUCUCUCAUCCUCAAACUGCUGAGCGCAGAGACUCAACCCGAGUCCGCGGGACAGCCGGACGAGGGGGACCUGUUUUUGGACACAAACCAUCUCCCUGCGCAGAACAUUGAUAAGAAACAGAUCACACUGGCUGUCCUCAGAUCAGUGUUUAAACACCCCGCAGUGGAGCAGUGGUUCCUGGCUCUGGAGCUGAGCUGUUUCCCUCCUCACAGUCUGAAUCCAGUGAGACUGAAGCGUCUGUGUGCGUGUCUGAGCGAGAGCACGCUCACCCUGCUGGAGUCCAGCGCCGGCGCGCUCAGAGACCUGGACGCCCUAGAGGUCGCGAGCUCAUACCUGACCGCCGUGCAGAGAGCCGUGCUCACAGAACUACACCGCAGGGGAAGCAAAAGUUGUCCCAGAAAGCAGUCCCUCUGUGUCCGAGCGCUGCUGUCUCUGCACGACUUCAUGGAGGCGUCCAGCCUGACGGAGGUGGUGUCCGCUCUGCUGCUGCUCCCUCAGAAGAGCCUGGUGGCCCCUGAGAGCCGGCUGAGCGUGUACGGGCACGCCGUGCUGAAGCUGCUCUCUGAAGACCACAGCAGAUGUGUGUCUCUGUCCCAGGCUCACCUCAGAGGUCUGGCUGCUCUCCUCACGCCCUGCCAGUGUGUGCCGCUCGAGGACUUCCUGCUACAGGUGCUGUCCCGGGAGCCAGGCACGGCCAAACUCAUUCAGACGGAGGUUCUCCUGCACUGCAUCCAGAGAGAGAGUCCUUCAGCCCAGGCCAUUGGGGCCGUCCUCCUGCAGAACUGCUCCACACACGUGCUCAGCUUCGAGCUCUGGUGCCUGGAGCCGUCUAACCUAGCGCAGAUCAGCUCCCGAAGCAGCGGCUUCUUGUUCCUACUCGACGCCUACUUGAGGAGAGCCAUUAGUGAUGACCCCACCCGCCCUAAAGACAUUCAUAAAUCAGUCCUGAAGGCCCUGAAGAAAGCUUUGCUGUCUGAGCUGUGGCACGCGGUGCAGCGAGGGGAAGUUACGAGCGACCUGCAUGUGGACGUCCUGUCCGGUCUCAUCCGACUGGCUGCUGGGAACGCCGACCUCACUCAACUCAUCAGAGAUCUUCCUGCCGUCCUUCAGAAACCAGACAGUCAUCAAAGGUGGAAGCUGGCAGACUGCGUCAGUGAGAAGCUGUCUGAUAGUGCAGAGGAGCUGUGUCAGUGGAGGACGUGUCUGCUUUCGGCCGCUCUCCGCUGGCUGGCUGCUGCAUAUAAAGAGCAGAAAGACCCUCAGUCCCUUCAUGAAGAGACCGUGCUGACAAGACUCGAGUCACUCCUGAUCGUUCCAGAAAAUAUCACUGCAUCAGACUGGAACACCUUUGUCAAGUCUGGGCUGAAGUAUCGAUACAGUGACUCAAGCUUUCUGGGGACCUUAAACACCCUUGUGGAGAUCAUAUAUGGAAGACCAGAGACCCCUAAAGAGCUGCUGCCCAUGUCUACCAUCCACAUGAUGACCACCAGUCACUCUCUGUUCCUGCCCACGAUGCUGGCCACACAGAACGAGUCCCACAGUCCUCAUCCGUCUAAAGAAUCAUUGGUAUCUUUCUUGCUUACGCUGGUGAAAAAAUGUCCUGAAGUGUGUAACAGCAACCACUUCCUCGUGCUGCUUGGUGCGUAUGGAGCUUCGCUGAGCACCACAGACCAGAAGCUUCUACUUGUGCUCCAGGAGUAUGAGAAGAACAACAUCAGUCUCACGGAGUUUCAGUAUGUGCUCUGGGGUCCCGCCGCGGUGGAGCACCAUAAAGCCCGUAAGAGCCUGGGACCUUCCCUGUGGCAGAAGCCCAGUUCAGAGCAGCUGCUGUCACUGCUUAGCGCAGACAUGAUGUUAAACACCGUGACACACUUCCCACAGCAGCGACGCAUCAUCCUUCAGGGCAGCAGAAACUCGGUGUACACGCAGGAAGGCAAGAGUCCUCUCGAUCUGUCAUCUCUGUACGACCCCUGUUUCCUCCUCCCUCUCUUCAGCUUCAUCCUUCGCCCAGAGUGUGCGGUGGACUGCCAGAAGUUCGUCUCCAGUCAUGCUUUGGGUGUCGCAGUGGCGGCCCUGAGCAGCUGUGACCCUAAAGUGAGGGCCGCGGGGUACCAAGUCCUGGGAUCCUUUUAUCAGCACCUGGAGGGCGCUCGAUUCAGAGAGAAGAGACAGCUUCUGUACUUGCUUGACACCGUUAAGAACGGGAUCCAAAAGCGAAACCUCCAGGUACCGUUUGUACACGUGGCCUUCAUUGCUAAAGUCGCUCAGCAAAUCUUGAGACCUGAGGAACACAUGUACAUGGUGGUGAGCAGAUUUCUUCUGGGAACUCAGUUUCUGGACCUCAAGAGAAUUCCUGACUUCUUCAAACUCUUCUACAGCUUUGAUCUGGAGCACAAAAUGGAGCGCGAGUGGGGUUUGAGUAUUUUGGAGGAAGGGGUCCGGGAUAAGCUGUGCUACGAGCUCUGUGAGAAGCAAGGCAUCUAUCAGACCCUGCUGGGCUUCGGCAGCACGCCGCUGUGUGACCAGGCCUCUCAGAUUCAGAUAAUGAAUGUUUUGCGGCAGACGGCUCAUGGCAACAGAGCAGCGUAUGUCCUCACCAAAGAGCAUGGAGUCCUAACAUGGAUAUUACAGAUUAUAGAAAAGAGGAAUGUUGACAGUAAGCUGUUGAGUUCGGUCAUCGAGUUGCUUCAUGCUCUGUGGUUCACUAAUCUGGGUAAUAAAGAGGGUAAAGCAGAAGCACACAGCACUACACCAGAGCGGACACACACCUCAGGCAAAUGUCUUCCUCUGCCGAUCAUCAACGAGUUCCUGUGCGCGCUGCUCACAGUCAUCAGACAUCUGGGGAGUGGUGUGAGCGCGCUUCAGCUGAAGGCAGUCCUGCACACACUCGACUCUGUACUGAUGCAUCAUGGGACAGCUCUGAACGCUCAUACAGAGGCAGGCUGGCUGACGCUACACCCACAGAAAGUGUCGUGCUCUGAAGUGCUCAGUCUCCUGCAGCGCUGGGCAACACUGGCCCGGGACGCCUCACUGCUGUCCGCUCUUCAGACCCUCAUCAACAAACACAGAGUCAAAGAGCUGAUGGGCUCUGGAAGAGAGAAAGGGCAAGGAAAAUGCCACUCAGCAAAGCACGCUCAAUUUCAGAUGGAAAAACAGACAGAAACCGUAGACGGACAAGGGGAAAAACUGGAGCAGGCUUUGCUGGACGAGUGUAAACCACUUCUUAGAAACAUCCUCACACAUUGGGAACCCAAACCUGAACCCGUAGACAAACCUGAUUCAAGCAAUCUAAACGUCGCAACUGCAUGUUUAAUUCUCAAGUGGGCCCUGAAGACAUUGACCGAGAGCCCGUAUGAUGACAGCAGCACCUCAGCUCUUUUAAAAUGGGUGAAUAGCGUCAUUCUGCCGCGCUCUGCAAAUGUAGACGCUGUUCUGUCUGAUGAAAUCACGAGAAAGGACUUUCUAAGGUUAUAUCACCACACAGCGCAAGAGCGUGGCUCAACAGUGGACACCCUUCAGCUGUUCUCUAGAGUCAUGGUUCAUUUGCUUGAGGCGCGCGGCGGGUUCCCCGACGUCAUCCACCAGACGGUGUUACGAACCUGCUUGCCUGCGAAUACAGAGGAUGGUGCCAAGAAAGAAAGCGGUCUGAAACUGCUGUCUCUGUACAUCUAUGAGCUGUGGAGCGGCGCUCGGUCACCUGACCUCCUGCUGACCCACGCCAGGCUGAUGCGCUCCAGGACGGGCACAUCUCACACACUGCUCAUGUGCAGAGAGAUCCUGUCCGCGCUCGACCCCUGACACGCUGCGCAAAAGGGUAAUAGAAGAUGUUAAGUGG